AUGUCAUCAGAGCAGAUACCGACAGAGCCAGUCGACGCACCGUCCUUCCUCGCCCAACACGCGCCACACAUCGACCUCACUCGCUUAACCAAGACCCCGCGCCCUCACUCGCACCUGACAGUCAUCCUCAACCCUUCGGCCGGAUCGCGCCAUGCCCCUCAACUGUGGACGAACCUCGUCCAACCCAUCCUUUCCUACUUCCUCUCCUCCGCACGAAACACCUCCUGGCUCGACUGGUCCGGAGAGGUGGAAGGAACCCGAGACGCGAGGGACGGCGAACGGAUUGGACGGGAGAUUGCGCGACAAGCGAAAGAGGGGAGGAAGGAGGUGCUGCUGGUGUUUGGUGGGGACGGGACGGUGCAUGAGGUGAUCAACGGGCUGUUGAUGCGCGAGGAUGGGAGUGUCAGAGAGGGGAUCGAGGUCGAGUUGGUACUCAUCCCAACCGGCACCGCCAACGCCCUCUACUACCACCUCUUCCCGCCCGAAUCCGCCUCCUACCCUCCCUCUUCCCCCCUCUCACCACUCUACUCCCUCCUCUCCUUCCUCUGCCCCGCCCACUCAAGCACCUCCUCCCCCCAUCCCCUACCCCUCGCACUCAACGCCCUCCCCACCGGCAAAAAGGUCUUGACAACAGUCGUAUCCUCCACCGCUCUUCAUGCGUGUCUCCUCCACACCGCCGAACGACUGCGCCACGAGCGCCCGGAGUUGGAAGGGACGGAGAGGUUCAAGGUUGCGGCGAGGGAGGAGGCGGGGAGGUGGUGGGAUGGCCGCCUUAUUCUCCACCACCCGAGGCGCUACGAUCCUUCGACCAAGUCUUGGGUCGAGCAGGGGGAGGAAGAGGUGGUGAGAGGACCCUUCUCGUACCUCGUCUCGUCCCUCGUCUCGCGCUUCGAACAAACUUUCCUCGUCGCGCCUUUCCGAUCCCCUCUUUCGCCGCUCGCGCCUGUACCGGGUGAAGCCUCAAUCGACGUAAUCGCGAUCAGACCUCUCCGUCGACGGGCUACACGCGCGCUCGUCGAAACUGGAAAGGAGGAUCAGGCGCGGGAGGGGUUCGUUGGGCGGUUGUGGGAGGUGACGGGCGAGAUUUAUGACGGUGGGAGGCACGUGGAUGCGAUGUACGACGACGAGGGAGAGGAGGGGAGCGAGGGCAAGGGAAAAAGUGUGGUGGAGGUUUGGAGGUGUGAGGGGUUCGAGUGGGUGCCGGACACCCAGCAAUCCUCGCCCGCAACGGACGCCUCUCAAGAAUCCUCAGACUCGGACUCGGCACUCAAAGCCCGCCUCGUCUGCCUCGACGGCUCCCUGCACGACCUCGGUCCCAACGGUACUCUGCGCGUGGAAGCGCUCGCGGGGAGGGGAGUGAGGGUAUGGGCGUAA